AUGCCGCUCGAUUUUACACCUGUUUCGCAUAUAACUCCUGCAAUUGAACUAUGUAGGAUUCAAGCUUCCAUCAAAGGAAAUGAAGAUUUACUUUCCAAAUUUCAGAAGCAGCUAGAAGAAGGAGAGUGCUAUGUCCUCAUGAACUUUGAAUUAGGCCCCAAUCUCGGACAAUUCCGAAGUUCUGCACAUCCUUACAAAAUCAAUUUCAUCUUUUACACAUGUGUCAAGCCAUGUGAACAGAUACCAAAUUUAGAAUCACAUUUCAACUUCUGUCAUUUUCCUGAAAUAAUAGCAAAUACUAAUGCUGCAGAUAUAUUCAUUGGUGAGAUUAUUGGGAUGAAUGAAGUUAAGGAUAUCACUACCACCGUUGAUGNCCCAACAAAAAUACUUAAUCUUCGACUUAAGGAUCUNGGNUAA